UGGCUGACAGUCCUUCCACGUGAACGGUUGUCUAUUAACUUGUACCAAAAGUAUCUGGAGUUGUCAAGGCUCCGCGUGGAAAAGGGGCAAAAAAACCUCAAUUUUGUUGAUUCUUUUUGAAGACUCGAGAAGUUUGUGGGCAAAACAGGGCAGGAGGAAAAGGGGGAAGACGAAGGGGAAACGGCAGAGAAACUCACCCCAGCGCGCUCGGGCUGAAGGGGGGACUCCAGCAGCAGCAGCAGCAGCGCAGCCGGCCGCUCGGACUUGGGUUUGUUGUUGGUGGUUUUUUUUUUUUUUGUUUUUGUUUUUUUUUUCUUUUUUUUUUUUUCUUUUGCUACUUUCUUGAACUUCUGCUUCUUCCUCUUCUUCUUGGCCGAGGGAAGGCUUUCUGACACCGCCGCGCAAAUGUAUAGCAUGAUGGAAACCGAGCUGAAGCCCCCGGCCCCUCAGCCCAACGCUGGGGCCACGGGGAACGGCAACAACCCCGGGGGCAACAACCAGAAGACCACCCCGGAGAGGGUCAAGAGACCCAUGAACGCCUUCAUGGUGUGGUCCCGGGGCCAGCGCAGGAAGAUGGCCCAGGAGAACCCCAAAAUGCACAACUCGGAGAUCAGCAAGAGGCUGGGGGCCGAGUGGAAGCUGCUGUCCGAGUCCGAGAAGAGACCCUUCAUCGACGAGGCCAAGAGGCUGCGCGCCUUGCACAUGAAGGAGCACCCGGAUUACAAGUACCGGCCGCGCAGGAAAACCAAGACGCUGAUGAAGAAGGACAAGUACGCGCUGCCCGGCGGGCUCCUGGCGCCCGGAGGCGGCGGCGUCGGCGGCGUCGGGGUUGGCGUCGGAGUCGGAGUCGGCGUCGGGGUCGGGGUCGGCUCCGGCGUCGGGCCCGGCAUGAACCAGCGGAUGGACGGCUACGCGCACAUGAACGGCUGGAGCAACGGCGGCUACGGCAUGAUGCAGGACCAGCUGGGUUACGCGCAGCACGCCGGCCUCAACGCGCCCAUGCAGACCACGGCCACGGCGCCUGUGCACCGGUACGACAUGAGCGCGCUCCAGUACGGCUCCAUGACGAGCGCGCAGACGUACAUGAACGGCUCGCCCACGUACAGCAGCAUGGCGUACUCGCAGCAGCAGAGCGGACCCCCCAUGAGCCUGCACGGCUCCAUGAGCUCGGGGGUGAAGUCCGAGUCCAGCGCGAGCCCCCCGGCCGUGGUCACCUCCAGCUCGCACUCGCGCGCCGCCGCCGCGCAGCCGUGCCAGACAGGCGAUCUGAGGGACAUGAUCAGCAUGUACCUGCCCGGGGCGGAGGUGCAGGAGCAAACGGGCCAAAGCAGACUGCACCUGUCCCAGCACUACCAGGGCGCACCUGUGCACGGGACGACCAUAAACGGCACGCUGCCCUUAACGCACAUGUAGACGUGGACACUUUGGACGCACUGCGCGAAACACUGGGACUGGACUACUACCGCUAUUAUUAUUAUUAUAAUUAUUAUAAUUAUUAUUAUUAUUUUUGUACAGAACCUUCCUUUCUUUCUUUUUUUUUUGGUGAGGGAAAACUUGUACAGGACUCGAGGAAUGAACACAGAACACAGCCACCCCCCCCCACCUCCUCUCCUCCCCCCACCUGUUUUUAUUUUUUUUGCUUUCUAUUUUAAAGAAAGACGCUGAACGCGCACAGAAUUACUAACGGGUUCCUGCCAGUAAUUUAAUACGCGUUCAUAAUCAGCACCCAAAAGCUGAGAGUGUAGGACUCGAGUUCUAUCAGUGUUUUCUCAUUAGAAACGCGCGCGGUGCGGCUCAUUGGCAGCUCGUCCGCUCGCUAGUUGGGCCUGUAACGCUGCGCUCUGGUUGGGGCUGAAAACCCAAGAAAAAGUCUGAAGACCCGCCACCAGUGCUCGUGCCUGUAAGCUGUAAAGGGGGAAAGCAGGAGAAACACCUGAGCACCUCCGCCGCUGUGGAGCUAACUGAUGGGAACCAAUGUGAAAAUUACUAGAAGAGAACAGGCCUGAAAAUGGAAAAAGGGAUGGGGGUAAAUUCCAGUGGAACCGAGAGGGGUUGAAUUCCAGAUCAUUUCAUCUCGACUUUGAAAUACAGUGGAGAACCUUCAGGACCUUCUUGGCCUUCAGAGAAGACCUAAUGAUUUUGUAGUACGAUUUUGUGCUUACUUGAUCGUCAUAUUCUGAUUUACAGUGGGACUAAUUUCAUGAGAAAAAAAACGUUCUUCUGGAAGUUCUAGACGACUGCUUAGUGGUCUAAGCAGGUCUGGUUAGUUGUUAGGAGUGUAAAACAGCAGCGGCAGCUCUGUGUCAGAACUCUUUGCUGAAAGAGUGACUGUAAGACUGAUACACACAAGCUCAGAUAUAUGAUAAUGUCUGUUACAAGGUUCGAAUAAAACCUAUGGAGUGUCUUUA